AAAGUACUUUAUUAAAACUGUUAUAGCACAGGAGUAUUUAAAGUUUUACUGCAGGCAUUCUGAGUUGGAUGGAUCUGUGCCUAAUUUUUUUUUAAUUGUUAUGUUAGCUCAUACUACUACAUAUUCGACAGAUAAAAUAGCCUUUUUUGUUGAUUUUAGCAAAAAUUCCUUUCCAACCAGAGAUCUACAUGGGCCAUAUAUCAGUGGCAAUGCAGUGUGAUGGAGUGGUAACUCUGUGUGACUGCCCAUGCACCAAUCUAAAAUGCUUUACUACAUCAGUGGUGAGAAUAAAGCAUGUAUGCAGAAUCUUGCAAGUGUUUGAUCAAGAGUUUAAAACUACAAAUGCUAUAAACGUCUGAAGUAAGCAAUGUGGACUUCGCCUGUAUGGAAGGAAGCAACAUUUUAAAUUUACUGAUUUGCUCAAAUGUAGAUUAGUAGAUGCUUCUAGUGAGUUAACAAAUGAAACAUUUUGUUGAUGUAUAGAUUAGCAAAAACUUCACAGUUGAGGAACUCAAAAAUGUUUUUGAAUAUUGAUUUUUAAGGAAGAAUUAGCUACAUCCAACAGAGUAUGCAGUAACAGAUAGGCUGUAAAUAUUUAAAGUCAUCCACUGUGAUAUGAAUAACCUCUGCAUGCUAAUAAUAACAAAACCCGAGAGUAGAAGUAUAUGGAAGAGCUGCAAAAGUCUUCCCAUAGACCUCAUGCAUGAUGAAUGCUGAUGCAGCUCGAUCCACCUUCCUUCCAUCAGGUGGUCCAAAGUAGCUGAUGAUUGCACAAUUUUAAGACCAUUAAGCUGUAGGAACAUCUUAAAUUCCAGUUGCAACAUAACAUGAAGCAGUCAUAAUUGCAGUCAUCACAAUCUAGAUAUAGGAUGUUUUAGUAAUUAACAUUUACUCUACAAAAUUGACAGGAAAUAACCUUUUCUAGCAAAAGAACAUCUAACCACCUCGUUUAGUACCAUAAUUGAGUUGCCAAUCAUUAAUAUCCUGAGGUUUACUGUUGACCAUAACUUUAAGUUUAUCGUCAGCACAGGUAAUAUAUGUUCAUCGAAACAUACAGUGAAAUGUGUUGUUUGCAUCAAAAACCAACUCACUCAAGGAUGAGCGGGGGCAGCCCGCAAGUGUCGCCUCACAUCCCAGCCCCAACAUAGCAUGCCUACAACGCUCGGCAGAACACAACAGAAACUUGUUUGGACAAAGAAGCCGACUGGAUUGACACACUAUAUCCCGACGCCAAACUUACAAUCUGUGUACCCCUUGUACACCAAGAUUGACGUCUGUACCUAAAGCAAAAUUCACUUUGAGAACUCGCCAAAGGCACUCCAAGGCAUCAAUCGCCAGACCAAAAUAACAGGUGCAUUAACAUUGAACGAGAAGUGUUUUGUGCAGAACUGCUGCAAAACCCCAAAACCUGAACCUCUUUACGAGACAUCCUGCUUGUUAACUAACUGAAAACCAAAGCGGUUUAGGUGCGUAAUUACUUUUAAUACAUUUGAAAGUGUUAUUGCAAUUUCCAAAUCUAUUAGUUGUUUAAAAACUACGCAUCAAGUAGGAAGUAAUGGAGUAAUAGUGAAACUGAAUGUGGCUGACGUGGUGAACGCUUGUUUGAACUACCGAAGCCAUUCUUUGCACUCCUCACAACAGCAACGAGAGCGGCGGAGCAGCAGGCGGCGGCUGUCAUGUGACUGGUCACAUGAGUGGCGACAGAGCCGGAGUGCGGUGCUGGCGUGGGUUUUGUGAGUUUGUCGGCUGUUUGCAGCCAUGGCUGAACGGACUCCCCUGCUCAAUUACAGGUUGAACGUGGCUCCCGAUGCUGGCAGCCCCCGUGGGCCGAGGGACGGCCAGCAGGCGUCGGCUAAGAAGCUGUCCACUUUCUUUGGGGUGGUGAUACCCACCCUGCUUUCCAUGUUCAGUGUGGUGGUUUUUCUGCGAAUAGGUUUUGUUGUUGGUCAAGCAGGACUGUACCAAACUAUCCUUAUGUUCGUUGUGGCAUAUCUCAUCAUAAGCAUGACUGUGUUAUCAGUGUGUGCUGUCUCCACAAAUGGUGCAUUGGAUGCUGGUGGUGCCUACUAUAUGAUCAGUCGAGCUUUGGGCCCAGAGUUUGGGGGCAGCAUUGGAGUCAUGUUCUUCUUGGCAAAUGUAUGCGGGAGUGCUCUUUACAUCCUGGGUCUUGUUGAAUCUAUUGUUGAUGUUUUUGGUUUGCCAGUCGGGCAAACCACAAGAAGUGGCAUUCAGGUUCUUCCUCAUUCGUACUGGUAUGAACUUCUCUAUGGCACAGUGAUUCUCAUCUUAUGCCUUCUUGUGUGUUUGGUUGGAGCUGAUAUCUAUGCCAAAGCUACCUUCAUAAUUUUCAUCAUUGUUAUAGUGGUGCUCAGCACAGUAUUUAUUAGCUUCUUUGCAGUGUCACCUAGAUCUAUUAAUAUUACAGUGACAUCAGGGAAUAACACAGAAUUUCGAGAGGGUUUAUUUACUGGAUUUAAUCUGUCAACUCUAAAGAGCAACCUUCCAUCUAAGUAUGUAGCAGACUACACAACUGGUGUGAAGAUGUCUUUUGCUGCUGUAUUUGCUGUUAUGUUCAAUGGAUGCACCGGUAUUAUGGCUGGAUCCAAUAUGUCAGGUGAUUUAAAGAAUCCCAGCUAUUCUAUUCCCAGAGGCACAAUAACAGCUGUAAUUUUUACAUACAUUGUGUACAAUAUUUUAUCUGUCAUGGUCUGCUGCACAUGUGAUAGAUUUCUUCUCCAAUAUAAUUAUGGUUUCCUUGAAGACAUUAAUGUCUGGGGUCCUUUUGUCAUAAUUGGAGUCUACUCUUCAACUUUAUCAGCUGCCAUGAGCACACUGAUUGGAGCAUCAAGAAUUCUCUAUGCUCUCGCUAAGGAUGAUAUAUUUGGUAAACUUCUCAUGCCUGCAAAGAAAACUUCACGUAGUGGAAACCCCUGGGCUGCUGUUCUGAUAUCAUGGCUGCUAGUGCAGCUUGUUUUGUUUACUGGCAAACUGAAUACAAUUGCUGGAAUAGUGACCGUCAUUUUUCUGUUGGUCUAUGCUGCUGUGGAUCUAGCCUGCCUGGCCCUGGAAUGGGCCUCAGCACCAAAUUUCAGACCAACCUUCCGUUACUUCACCUGGCACACUUGCGUUCUGGGGAUCAUUGGUUGUGGAAUUAUGAUGUUUUUGAUCAGCCCAAUAUAUGCUUCAUCCAGUAUUGCUUUCAUGCUGAUAUUGCUGGUGGUCCUUCACUAUGUAUCACCCUCUAGCAGCUGGGGUUAUAUCAGCCAAGCUAUUAUCUUCCAUCAGGUCAGAAAAUAUCUUCUCAUGCUUGAUGUUCGGAAGGAUCAUGUCAAAUUCUGGCGCCCACAAGUUCUGCUGAUGGUGGCCAACCCUAGAACAAGCACUCAACUCAUAAGUUUUGCAAAUGACCUAAAAAAGAGUGGAUUGUAUGUCCUCGGUCACGUUCAGAAAGGAAGUUUGGAUGAGAUGCCUUCUGAUCCUCUUCAGGCACAGUAUGAUUCCUGGUUAAGCUUGGUUGAUGCGUUGAAUGUAAAAUCAUUUGUUAGCCUUACACUCGCUGAUUCAGUGCGUCAUGGAGUACAACAUCUCUUAUUCAUCUCUGGUCUAGGUGGAAUGAGACCCAAUACUCUUAUCCUUGGUUUCUACGAUGACUGUGUCCCCGAGGAUGGCUUACAACAAAUCCCAGCAUUUGCAGAUAAUUCUUCUAUCAACAGUGAUGAUAAUUCCAGCCUACUGCCACAUUUCCCUGCAGUCAGACGUCGUUCCUCUCCCAAGGAACUGUCAGGCAAAGAGUAUGUGGGCAUUAUCUCCGAUUCCAUUAAAAUGUUAAAAAAUGUUUGCUUGGCCCGAUACUUCAACCAGCUCAACAAAGCUGAUCUGUUCAACCGCAAGAAUUAUGAAGUCUCCAUUGAUGUGUGGCCACUUAAUCCACUACGUCCUGACAGUGCUAAUUAUGUAGAUACUUGUAGUUUGUUUCUGUUACAAAUGGCAUGUAUUCUCAACAUGGUACGUUCCUGGAGGACAGCCAAACUACGAAUCUUUUUGUGUGUUGAAUCUGGGAACAGUGCUGGAGAGCAUGAGAAAAAACUAAAACUGCUUUUAGGUCAGCUACGUAUUAAAGGUUCAAUUAAAACCCUGCAUUGGGAUGAUGUUGCCGCAUUACAUUGGCACAAGCAGAUGCCUCAAGUGAGUCAAGAAGAGGGUAAUUUUGUAAACAAUUUCCCAACGAAUGCAAUGAAAAUCUCAAAUGAUUAUCUGAUAGCUGUAAAUAAGAUGAUUUUAGAGCAGGAUACCCAUCCUGCAAUCCGCUUUCUUUACCUGCCACGGCCUCCUGCAGACAUUACUCUACAUGAAAGAUACCUAGAGCAGCUUGAUAUCUUGACCAGGGACCUGGGACCUACUAUGUUAAUUCAUGGAAUUAGUGCAGUCACCAGUAUUGAUCUUUAGAUAUUGCAUUUUAUGCUGUUGCUUGUGGUGGUAAUGAAGAGGGUGUUGCCACUAAUAAAGGUGCAAGGUUGGGAAACGAUCUAAUGAUACUUUAGAUCAGGGUUUUCUAGCCUUUUUUUUAUGCCAUGGACCAAUACCAUUAAGCAAAGAGUCCGUGGACCACAGACUGGAACCACUGCUUUAGAUCCAAAUUUCUGAAAAUGAACAAAAGGAUUGAUGUUCAUUGGCUCUGCUGUUGCUAUUAGUAGUUUACUUUCUUCCUCUGCAUACAGUGGCAAAGGUGAAAUCCACUGUAUCCAGCAACACAAUCAGCACUUCGAGAUUUGAAGAAGCCUCACAGGAGUUGUUCUACAAAAUCUUAAAACAUAUGUCAAAUAUGAAUUAUUUCUAACAAGUUAGAUUGUGCUUCCAUAAAGUAUCAUGAAAAUAUUGCAAACCACUAAAAGAUCUCCACUAAAAAUUUCUUCCAUCAGAUAUGAACAACUUAAAUUUUUUUCAUCCACAAAUUGUAAUUGAAACAUUUCAACAUGAGUAAUACUACAUGUUGUUGAUAAAUGGUCAAAGACAAAGUGUAUCCUUAAAAUAUAUAGUUAAAAUAGUUUGCAGUGAGGAAAAUGGAUCCUCAAGUUAAAGACAAUGCCACUUGGUUUACGUUUUUAACCAUGACAUUUUCUUUCCAAUAUUUUUAUUAGUUUCUACAUAGAAGAAUACAGAGUACUAGAAAGUGUAUAUGAAAGGUCAAAAAGGAUUUUUAAAAACAUUAUAUCUGUUCAUAAUAACAAUCAUGUUACUCUGUAUUCAUAAGUUAAUCAGUAGUUACAUUGAACUAUACUAACCAUGACAUUUUGAGGGCUUUUUUUUUUAAUAAUCUCUGCAAACUUUUAGGUAACGUUUUCUUGGUCACUUGAGGUGUAAAUUAUACUCUUUGAUCUGUUGGUUCCGUUUUUCUAGUUCUGUAUUAUCAGAGCAUUAGGUUUAGAAUGAUCACACUGAAGGUUGUGAUUGCAGUUUAACCAGUAGCAAAAUAAAGCUGUAAACACCAAUUUAUCUACCCGUUAUACAGUGUUUUUCCAGGAUUUUAGGGAGAAUGGUUUAACAGAGCAUACUAAAUUUUAUUGUUAUUAAUGGCAUACAAAUUUAUUGUAUUUCCUGAUCCUUUUUGAUAUAUCAAGCAAAUAGUGUAAAAUUUUAAGAAAAAACAACAAUCCUGGAUAUGUUCAUCAUUUCAAGCAGCAUCUGUGUGAAGAGAGUAAUGAAGUUGUUGCUAUUGGUUUGUCAUUGUCAAAAGUACUGAGAUGAGUGAAAAGCUUGCCUUGCAUUUCAUUCAAACAGAUCAAGUUGACGUUUUCAGUCAAUAGUCUGUCAUCAUAAUUGUGAAAAGUUAGAAAUGGAAUUAGAUAUAGUUGCAAAGAAAAUGAAGGGGGUGGAGAGAACAAAAGACUAAAUGAAGGCAUGUUUAGUGGAGGUAUCAAAAGGAGAGUGAAAACAAAUGCUGUGUAUGUGCACAGUACUGGAAUGUGUGAGCAUCUGGAAUUGUUGAAUUCAGUAUUUAGUCCAGAUGGUUCAAAGGAUAUGGCAAACAUGAGGAAAUCUGUAGAUGCUGGAAAUCAAGAGCAGCGCACACAAUAUGCUGGAAAGCAUUCUGUGUGUUAUUCAAAUUAUAUGGUGCUAUUUCUCAAGUUUACAUUGGUCUUUGUUGAGACAGUGAUGAAGACCAGAACACAGAUCUGAGUGCAUGUGGGAUAGAGAACUACAGGAAGUUCAGGCUCAUCUUUGUAAACUGGAUGGAGGAUUUCUGCAAAGGAGAUAUCUUCUAGUUCCCCAUUACGGAGAAGACAGGAUGGAAUGCAGUAUAAUAAAUGUAAAAACGUGUUUGGGUUCUGGAUGGCAAGAAGUGAGGCGUAAAAAGGCUGGAGUGCAUUUGCCCCAUUUGAAAGGAGCAAACAAGUUUUGAGUUGGAGAAUCGUGACUGAGGACAGAUGGGUGUGAGAGGGACAGAGAUGUUUGAGAACCUUGCAGGUUUAGUAAAGGGAAAGCUGUAGCUGAGAGAAAGGAUAAGCACUGGUUAUCCUGAGUAUUUCCAGCAUUUUUCCACUGUUGUUUUGAUAUAUUGGGAUGUGCCAAAACGGAGGUGUUAAAAAUAAUUAUUGAGGAUCAAUUAAAAAUACAGGAAGCUGACUUCUUGGGGGGGACGCUAUUGUUUCAUUGGCUGCCACUCUUGUUACAUCAGAUCAGCCAUGAUCUUAUUAAAUGGCAGAGCAGACUAAUAAAUUAACUGACCUAUUGCUGCUCCUGAUCUUUAUGUUUGCAUUUGCUGUUCAUAGCUUCUUUAAAAAAAAUGUAGUUUUGGGCAUAUCCUACAUUUUUUUUGCAUUUUGUAUCAUGAAGUCAUCAGAACAGAUUGGUUAAACUGUAGCCAAUGAAUAAAAGAGCAGAUUUAUGACUAUGUAUAUUUAAUUUUUAUGCUCUAUGCUUACUGCAGGUUCUCUUUCAGUUACAAAAAUACAUUUUUUUUUACAUUUAUCAGAAAUUACUUUGCUGCUUGACUUUUGCACAACAAAAAUGUGUGGUGUAAGUUAAUCUCUAAAAAGCCCUCUGUUGUCCAUCAAUGGAACCAGUGAGCUGAUGAAUAGAGAAAGAUCCCUUUCCCGGCAGGGGAUUCUGUUCUGAAGGCUCAUUAAUUUAAGAUCAUUGCUGAGAUUUGAAAUACGACUUGUUUAUUUAGGGAGAGGUUCAGGCAUGGAGUGUUUUUCUAAAGGGAAUAAUUGAGCUCUGGACCAUUGCAUAUUUUAAUUUAAGUGUGGAUAAAUAUUUGAAGCAAAGUGAAUUUACUAGGAAGAGCAGAGCUCUGGGUUUAGUUUUAGAUUACUCUGGCAAAAAAAGUGAUAUAGACACAGCAUCUCUAUUGAAUUGUAUCUAAUCCUGCUGUGAGCUCUGGUUAUGAAUUGAGAAAUUACUACCAACUAUAUUUCAAUUAUUCUUUUGAUGCAUCCUGUUACUAUGAGAGCCAUGUUAGUUGGCUCUAAGUUUCUAAGGCUUUUAGAACCAAGAACUUGGCUUGUUUAAACUAAAGUAGAUUGGCUUUGGUUACUGUGGGACUGUAUUCUGUUAAAGGAAAAACUCCCAACAGUUAUUGUGGCUGCUUGUAGUCAGCUAUUGUAACAAUAAUUUUUAUGGAAGCUCCCACUGGCACAUCAUUCUCUCCAACCCAAAAAGGAGAGCAAAAGAAAAGAAUAUAUUAAUCUAACUUCCAGAAUCUCAUAACUAGGUGUUAAAAUAUACGUUUGUAAAAUGAUCUGAAAUAAUAGUCUAGGGAUCACUAUAUAUGAAGCUGUAUUAAAACAUCAAAAAUAGUACCUGCUGCACAGUCUUGAAUGCCAAUGUUGAUCAAUGCAAUAAGCAAUUGUUUUUAUAGAAAAACUCAAUGGCUGCAGCAAUUUUAAAUAAAUUUCCUAUUGUCUACAUUUGGCAUUUUUGAUUUUAUUUUCUAAAUGAGCUGUACUUGGAAAUCAAAGCUGGGGUGGGGGUCUUCAAAUAUUUAAAGUGACAGUUUUUCUAAAAGUUCAGCUUUACAUGAAUCGUCUGUGAGUUCACACUUAGUUCAAAAUAUAUCUCCUAGGUUAGAAGAAAUUGUAAAUGAAAAUGGUGUAUCUAUUUAAAAUGAUCCUGCAUGCCCUGUGAAGACAUAUGAAGAUAUGGGAUUCUUGCUGAACAAAAAAAUGCAUUUAGUAUUUAUAUCCUAUCCCAUCAUUAUUAAACAGGAGCCCCUUAACACAUUAAUUUUAAUAAGUUACCCGCAAGUGCCUAUCAUUUUGAUGCUAACACAGAAGACAAUUGAGAAUUAAUGCUAAUGUCACUGUACAAGUUAUUGAUCUUGAUCUUUGCCUCAGGUUAUCUUGUUUAGUUUCAGAGUUGUAUACAUGUUAAUAAUUCAGUUGCUGGGAUAUUAAUACUGGAGCAGAUAUUCUGCAGUGAGCAUGCAGAAGUAUUUUAAUUGACUUUUUGAAGCAUCAUAAUUCAACAUUUUAUUACAAUAUUUAAUGACAGUCUUUCAUAUUCAAAAUCAUACCCUUAUUUCAGGAAGAAUUAAAUGAUACCUGAAGACUGACUCUCAUGUAAAAAUCAAUGCUUGCCAAUCUCAAUAACAAGUGGCUUAAUUUAAAAAAAUUCUACAAGUUUACUUAAGAAUGUUUAUUUCAUCAUUAAUAUCCAAACAACUGAAUUAUUGAUAGGUGUGCACUUCUGAGAAUUAAACAAUAUAACUUCAUUUGAUCUAUAAUCCAGAGUCACAGAAAGAUAGAGCAUAGAGACCAGACCUUAAGCGCAGUGAGUCCACAUGCAACAUCAACUAUUUACUUUCAUUUUAUUUUAAUCCCAUUUUUUAAAAUUCUCGUCGGCUCUCCCUAGAUGCUAUCAGUCAGAUGGACACUAGGGGCAAUUUAUAAUGGCAAAUUAGCAUCCUAUACCACGCCUUUGGGAUGUGGAAGGAAACCGGAACACUCCCGAGAGAAACACUUACAAUCACAGAUCACGCAAGCUCUCACAAAUCGUACCAAGGUCAGGAUACCCCGACACUGUGAGGCGGGAACUCCUCUUGCUGUGCCAUGGUGCUACACUCAUCGGUAGCUUUAGUGUUUAGUCAUUAACACAAUGCACCAGUUUUUAAUAGUAAGAAAUUCUAUUCGUACUUGGUAAAACUAGUGACUGGAUUUCUAUUGCAGUCUUUUCUGGCAUGUUAAAGAAAGCACUCACGCUAAUACAGUAUCUGAAGCAUACAUGAAAAAUUUACAGCAUUGAAGGUAAAUUGAACCCUAAUGCAAGAGAUCAGUGGUAUAUUGUGAAUGGUCAGGUACAAAAGGUUUGCUAAGUGAUGAAUUGUACUUAUAACGGAACGGAAUCUUCUGGCAUAUAGAGAGAAGUGACUUGAUAAAAGCAUAAAUUUUUGAGUAACUGCCCAGGUUACAGUCUACAUGUUUUAAAUAUUUAUCCUGACAUGAUGGGUUUCUCUAAUUGCACAAGUGUGAAAUGGUCAUGUUCCAGUUUAACUCCUAAUUUGUGCUCUCAGUUCAUUUUCAGUCAGGUUGGCUACAGAUAUGCUAUAUCUAACCUUGGUACCUCAAGGGUAUGAAAGUGAAAGUUGUCAGAGUCUCUUUUUACAGUUCCUCAGUUUUAAUGUUCAGUAUUUACCCAUGUUUAACACUGCGAGUGUUAUGAUUCAUGUAUGAUGCUUUUGAUUGAAUUUGACAAAAGUUACUUAUUUAUCUUAUGCUUAAAAGCAUGCAGGCAUGGUCAAAAGGUUCAGUUGUUCAGACCAAACAUCAGAAUGGGGAAGAAAUGUGAUCUAAGUGACUUUGACUGUGAAAUGAUUGUUAGUGCCAGAUGGGGGUGGGGGGGGGGGCCAUGGUUUGAGUAUCUCAGAAACUAGUGAUUUCCUAGGAUUUUCACGCAGUUUCUGGAGUUUUCAGAGAAUUGUGCAAAAUACAAAAAAAUCCAGUGAGCAGCAUUCUGUGGGCAAAAAUACCUUAAUGAAACAAAGUGUUCUUAUUAAGUUUGACUAGCUAGAUUUAGGAAUACUGUUUCUGCAGGCUGGACUCUUUGGAAAUAGGUUGUUAGUCUAAAAAAAAUCAUGUAGGACUGGUAUGAGAAAAAAAUAUCUGCGUCCAGAAGCUGAAGACUCUCAGAAUUUUCUGCUGAAGAGCCGAAUAUUUUCAAGUCAAAGAUUGAUAGAUUGUUUGAUAUUAGGUUUAUAUGGAAUUAGUACAGGAAAAUGGUACUAAGGUAAGAGAUUAGCUAUGAUGUUAUUGUACAGAUGCAAGGGGCCAAGUAACUUGCUCCUUUUCUGUUUCUUAAGUUUUUUUUAUAUAAAGAAAGAGUCCAUAAAAUCUGUGUAUUAGUUGGUUUCUAUUAAGGCACACCAUAUAUAUAUUGUGCAUAUUUACCUUUAGGAUAUUAUAAGUUACUUAAAAAGCACUUGUCAGUAAAUUAAACACUAUUCUUUAGUGCUGAUUAGACUGAGAAGUAUCAAACUUAGGAACUUUAGUCUUUCCAGAGCAGGAAGGAAAAAGGAAACAAUAUGGUUCCCUGCUUUGUGUGAGGAAAUAUUUGGCUCCUCAUGAUUGCCUAUUUUAAGAACUCAUCAGGUAUAAAUUAAUAUGCAUGAAUCUACUGUUUAUAUUCUGUCCCACUAUGUGUUGUUAAAUCCAAUGAUAAGGUAUCUGGAAUGUAAAUUCUGUUGCUUCCACACCAAUUACUGCACAUGGUGUUCUUUCCUGUGGGUUAAAAGCAUUUGCAGUGAUCCAUUUCCAUUCCUGGUGUACAUCAUCACAACAUGAUUGUCUGGGUAAAUGUCACUUACUGGUACUAAAAUAUAAUCUACUUAAUUAAUGCGAUACAGUGGAGGAGUUUUAUAUUUUGUAAAUAUGUACAGGUUUAUUAGUUUUAAGUAGCUAAAUGGAUGUUUCUGGAUUGGAAUACAUUUUAAUCUUUGACACAGUCCCCUCUUGUAUAAAACAGUACUUAAAUAUGUUUCCAGAAUAUUUGAAAAUAUCUCAAAGGAAAAUUGAAUAAUGGUUUCACUGAGCAAUUUCUAUAUGCCAGUGUGAUUUAAUGUUGAAUUUUUAAUACCUUAGUGUCUCAAAGUCAGAGUGUGCUAUAACAAAGUAUUUUCUCCUAGAGACAAAAAUGCAAUGUAGUAAACACAUUAACUAAUUACUUCUAUGCUAAUAUCUCCAUGCACUGAAAUAUAUUUCUACUAAGAGUCAACAGCUUGAUCUCCAUUCGUUUUGCCCUGCCGUGAAUAUUGGCAUGAAUAUCAACUGAAUGUAAACAGCUAGAGCACAACAUCCAUGGUCAACCUCAACCAAUGGAGGGCCUCUUCAUUAAAAAUCAAAGAUAAUUUUUUGUGCCUUAUGUAUACUAUUAAUUGCAAAUAAAUGUAAUGCUGCUGAAGGUGAA